ACGGAGGAAAGCGGAGAGAAGGAGGAGUCUUAAAAGUUGGGAGGGAGUUGGCAGUGUGUCAGGAUGGGAGCCACUGUGCCUCAGCAGCGGCAGAGCUGACGCACUAAAAUCCAGACUGAGGGCAAGAGGGGGAUAAAGGGAGGGCACAGAGGAAAAAGAGUGUGGCCAGAUGGAGGGUGCAGUGUUUGUUUUGAAGUGGCAGACUGGUGUUCAUUAAGGGUUAGUGGCUGUAGCUGAGAACAAGAUAGUCCCUCACUGGACUGAAUAUUAGUGAGUGUGUGAGGGAGAAGUGCAUCGUUGAUUCUGGACUGUCUUGGCCACAGCAGCCGGAAAACCUACCAUUGAUUUUCUGUGUGGACUGCACACUUCCUCCUCUGCUGUACUGGGUUCUUCUGUGCAUGCGGCUCAAGGUGACUCAGGAUCCGAUCCAUCCCCUGGGAGCCUCCUGACUGGGUCCCUGGAUCUACAGGGAAAAGUGGGUUGAAGCUUCCUCUCUACCCCCCUGGAAGUGGAGUCCGACUGGGGAUAGGACCGUAGGAUAAUAAGGAUGUGAGGCCUUGACACCAGCCAUUACCCACUACCGGGCCUGCUUGUGUUCUGUCCAGCCCUGUGGAGGUGGAUAAGGGGGAAGGGAAUGGGCCCAGCUUCACUGCAGGAGGAGACCGAGCAGGAGCCAGGGGGAGAAAUGGAGUGCUAUCACAGCCUUCUGCAGGCUGGCUCUCAGCUAGAGAACACACUGCAGCAGGUGUCAGUCCCUAUGAGUAUGAAGGAGGUGGACGGCUACAUUGAAAAGCAGGUGGCCUACCUGUCAGGUGGGCGUGGUGAGGACUCCAGCGUGAUUAUCACCCUCCCAGAAUACUCUGCUUUCAGCGACAUACCAGAGGAGUCUUUAGCUAAAGUCUUAACAUACCUCACCCUCAUACCUCGAGCACGACAACCAGGUGUAAAAUUCAUCAUCAUUUUAGACAGACGACUGGAUACUUGGACCUCAAUCAAAACAGCACUUGCCAGAAUUGCGGCCUCCUUCCCUGGGAACCUCCACCUGGUGCUGGUGCUGAGACCCACCAGCUUCUUCCAGCGCACCGUCACAGACCUGGGCUUCCGCUUCAGCCAGGAGGACUUCAUGCUCAAGAUGCCAGUGGUGAUGCUGAGCUCUGUGACAGACCUACUGAGAUACAUUGAUGAGAAUCAAUUGACCUCAGAGUUUGGUGGAACACUGGAUUACUGCCACAGUGACUGGAUCGUCCUGAGAACAGCCAUAGAGAGCUUUGCGGUGACAGUUAAGGACAUAGCUCAGAUGCUGCAGGCGUUUGGCACAAAGCUGGCAGAGACAGAGCUGCCAGAUGAGGGCACCGCCAUCGUACACCUCCUCUCAACCCACACUGACAAAUACAGGAAACUCAAGGAGGCGAUAUGGUCUGUAUCAAAGGAGGGUCGCCACCUGCUGGCUAGCCUGGAGGCCUCUGGGAGAGAGGAGGAUUCACUAUGGGAUAUCAGGCUGGACUGGGAGACUGUGCAGAGGCUACUAGCCCAGCUGAGGGACAUGGAGUCAGCCUUUGACGGCUUCUUUGAGAAGCAUCAUCUGAAGCUCCAACAGUACCUCCAGCUGCUCAGAUACGAACACAGCUUCCAGGAGAUGGAGUUGUCUCUGGAGCGUCUGGCGACCCAGGAGAGGGAGGUGUCGUUGUCAGGGGAGACGCUGACUCAGACAGAACAGACACUCAGGGACCUGGACAGCCUGGAGGCUCACGCACAGGAGGAGAUGGCCCGUGCCCAGACCAUCAUCCUCCAUGGUCAUCAGCUGGCAGCCUGUCACCACUACGCCAUGGCCCUGAUCGUGCAGCGCUGCAACGAGCUACGUCACCGCUGUGACACGCUCAGUAAGGCUCUGAGGGCCAAACACACACACCUCUCCCAGGCCUACCAGCUGAUGCUACGCUUGGAUCAGGCCCAGAGUUGGUGUGACGACGGGGCCUACUUGUUGGCCCAGCAGCUGGUGGAAAAGUUCCAGUCUAAGGAGGGGGCCCAGGCUGCUCUGAAGGACAUAGACAGAUUCCUGGAGGGGGCUCCGUCUCUCCUCAGCUCAGGACAUGACCUCCUGGCCGUGGAGUUUGAGUCUGUCCUCACCGCAGAGAUACAGGUCCAGAUAGGGAAGACAUUUGAGAAGCACACAGCGGUGCAGGAGAUGAUCCACAACAGACAGGUCUGUCUGAGGAAGCUGGCUGAUAAACACGUCCGUCCCAUCCAACUGGUGGCCCCCCGGCCGGAGAACCCACCCCGUUCCAAGUCCCCACUAUUCUCCCCCAAACAUGGGGUCGACGGUUUGAAGUUCUCCUUCGAUCUAUCACUUCCUGGGAAGAGGACGUCACGGAAAAGCCCCGGCUCCAGAAAGAUUGAGGUCAUGCAUGACUACCAGGAGAAUAGGAGCUCCCUGCUCUCCAGCUUGGAGGGAGAGGACAGCCCAGACCUUCUCAAACGUCACGUGAUGAGGGAGCUAAUCGAGACAGAGAGAGUCUAUGUGGAGGAGCUGCUGUCAGUGCUGCUGGGAUACAGGGGAGAGAUGGAGAAUCCAGGCCUUUCAGGGCUCCUGCCCCCCAUCCUGCAAAGUAAGAAAGACAUCCUGUUUGGAAACAUGCCUGAGAUCUACAACUUCCACAGCAGGGUGUUCCUGCAGGACCUGGAGGGCUGCCUGGAGACCCCAGAGGGAGUAGGGGCCUGCUUUCUGGAGCGGAAGGAGAAUUUCCAGGUGUAUGAGUGUUACUGUCAGAAUAAGUCUCGCUCAGAGUCCUUGUGGAGGCAAUUCUCCGACUGUGCCUUUUUCCAGGAGUGUCAGAAGAAGCUGGAGCACAAACUGGGCCUGGAUUCUUACCUGCUGAAACCAGUACAACGCCUUACCAAGUACCAGCUACUACUGAAGGAGCUACUGAAGUACAGUCCAGGAGGCUGUGAGGGGACCUCGGAGCUACAGGGGGCGCUUGCAGCCAUGCUGGACCUCCUCAAGUCAGUCAAUGACUCCAUGCAUCAGAUCGCCAUCACGGGCUACCAGGGAGAGUUGUCUGACCUGGGCCGGGUGCUGAUGCAGGGCUCCUUCAGUGUGUGGAUCAGCCAUAAAAAAGGCCCCACCCGUAUGAAGGAGCUGGCCCGCUUCAAGCCCAUGCAGAGACACCUGUUCCUGUAUGAGAGAGCCCUGCUCUUCUGCAAGCGCAGGGAGGAGCAUGGAGAGGGUGCAGACAAGACCCCCUCCUACAGCUUCAAGCACUGUCUCAAGAUGAGUGCGGUGGGGAUUACAGAGAACGUCAAGGGAGAUGUGAAAAAGUUUGAGAUCUGGUACAGUGGCAGGGAGGAGGUGUACUUAGUUCAGGCCCCCACAGUGGAGGUUAAGAUGGCUUGGCUCAAUGAUCUGCGAAGGAUCCUCACCAACCAGCAGAAACUCCUUAAAGAUGAGCAUUGUGUCAACAACCAGAUGCCAGAACACAUUCCACUGUCUCCGCCCUUGUCUGAGAGCAAACAGCAGAGGGCGUCGAUCAGCUCCGAGGACACUGAGUCAGGGAGGAGCAGUCCAGACCCCCAGUCCCACUCCCCUCAACACCGGCGCAACCGACGCAGCUGGCCCGGUGCACCUCACUCAGUAGACAUCUGUGAGGGUCUGGAGGAGUGGGGUGGAGGUGAGGACCCCUCUCAGCCUUCAGACACCGAGGAGGAGGAUGCUGCUCAGCUGGCUCCAGGCAGAUAUAAGGCCUUGGCUGAAUGUUCACGAUACGGCCCAGAUGACCUCACCAUCAAGAGCGGUGAUGUCAUCCAGCUGCAGCACGAGGACAGCGAAGGCCACUGGCUGGUGAAGAACCUGAGUCGCAGACAGGAGGGUAUCAUCCCAGUCCCCAACCUGCACAUGAUUCUGGGAAACGGCAGUAGAGGACAGUCCACCAGACUAAGAGAUCCAGGGAAUCUGAAGGCCAGAAAGCUCAGCUCCCCUUAGAGGGAAAAUGCUGUCUUCAAGUGCUCGCGGGACCUGGGAAAGUGGUUAGUCGGAACCUUGUAUUUCCCACUUCGGAGGAGCUUUGGAAGGCAGCAACACCUUUUGUUGGACCUUUACAAAGAUUGACAGACUGAAAAGACAGACUGUUUUCCAUUAGACAUUUUGAGGUCAUGACUGAUGGAAUAUCUUAAACUCUGCUUCCUCAAAGUGCUCUGAUUGGCCACGAUUAGAGACAACUAGCCAAUUUAAGAAGGACGUAGGAGUUUUAGGUCUGGGUUUUUGAUUGACAUUUUUCUGGGCCAGUAACAUGAGGACCAGUUUUUUUUUUUUGCCCACCAUGAUGGACAGUGGACACACUUUAUGAAUGUUACCCUCCAAACACUUUAGACAGCACAGGGUUCUACCAGCACAAAGGCACACGGUUUGGUGAAGGACAAGGGACAUGUAAAAAGGUUUGGGACUUAAAAUUCAAUCCCCCACUUCCUCUUAGACCCAACCAAUGGGCUUUUCUGUUGGGCUGCUGUAGCUGGAUUACAUCCAUGGACUCUCGCUCUCUGAGGGAUUCUUAACCGUCAUUGCUAAUCAGUGAGAAUGCAGUUGUUGUUUGUAUGUUUAUGCGUUUAUUCUUAUGCGUCAUAAUAAUCCGGGUUUUCGCCUGAAACAUUUCUUAAAAAGAUACUUUUGUACAUAGCUAUGUCAUUCAUUUUGGAUGUGUAUACUUGAAUGUUGGUCUAUUGUUUGUUGAUGUUCAUUUAUUAUACAUGAUCAUGUUGUUUAGGUAUCCAUCCUGUCUUAUUCCUUAAGGCACCCUUCUCUUAGCUCUCCAAGCUUGAAAUGCCAAAACGUGCCGUGCCAAUAAUGCCUUUUUAUUCCUGCAAUGUUGGAAUCGAGCUCCUCUUUGAUAAAUGUACUGUCCGCAAUAUCAACCGCAGUCUUGCUUCUACCUCACAUCAGACCUAUACUCCACUGGCACUUUAUUAAUGCUUAUAAGCUAAAUGCAAGCUGAAAGGAAACAAGAGGAAAGCUUUACUAUCUUUCCAAAGGCUCUAGAGAAAUUGAGCUCUCCAUGAACACAAUACCUCCUUCAUGUUUUCCUGAUUCAUACCUAUUCUUUUUCAACUUCUUUUCCGAAGCUCAGUGUGUGUCAAUGGCGAGGAGACACACCGCCCCAAUAUACAUAAAGUUAAGAUGUCACGGAUGGUCAAUUCCGACAUCUUGUGAGGUGAUGGUGACUGAUAGAAGGGUACUCCUCAGGUCUAUAGUGAUAUGGGGAAGAGCUACUACCCGCGUGGCGCCAGCAAAGACUGAUGUCAUUCUCCCCAGGAUUUCACUCUGUCUCCCCGGUGUGACAGCACAAAAUGGAGCAAGAGAGAGAGAGCUGGAUCAAGAGAGAGGGAGAAAUGUGCCACUCUCUCUUCCUCUACUCGUCUCCUUCACGGCCUUGCAAUUAAUCUUAGGCUUCCCAUUAAACAGGAUCAUACAGCAAACAUGAAAUAUACACGCUAUGUUGAACGCUUAAUUAAAUAUUGAUUGCGGACUUAUAUGAAUUUACUACAUCAAAUCAAGGCCCCAGUCGGAGGCCUGCCUUUCAUAUGCUGCGUUUGAUGUGGAAAUGAGCCAGGAAAACAGCGGGAGCACAGCGCCACACUACUAAUGUCUUCUUAUUAAUUCAUUAAUUAAUUUUGCUAUCAAGUUGUUCCUUCGCGGCGGUAAGCAGCUGUGCAGCCCAGUAAAAUUGUCUAUCUACCCUUAACGGAGACCUGCUUGACUGCUGCGCGUCGCAUCAAUGGGUUUCUCUCCUCAUAUGGCAGAAUUAGCUGGGUUUUCUUUCUUUUGCUGCACAUUUUGCACUGAACUGUGAUGUUCAAAAAUAGAGACAGAAAUAUGCUUGAAAAUGCUGUGCGUCUUUGACAAGCGCUGUAAGCUCGUUGCUAAGUGUUUCUCAUAAGAGAACAUAGCAUGGCUGACUGAAUAUUGACCGGACGUGGCAGGUUUCAGGUUUUUAUUAUUGUUCUUCAGUCAUCGUUGUUGAUUGGCUGCAUUUUUAUACAGCUUCAGUAUUGUAUAUAGACCAAAUAAA